AUGUGCUUCCAGAUGGAAUCAUACUAUGAUUCACAAUUACAAUCAAAGCUAAAACAUGGACUUUCGCUGGCACAAGCAUUUAAUCCCAGCACUCAGGAGGCAGAGGCUGGCACCCAGGAACAUCUGCUCUGGGAGCGGCUGCGCCCCGCGGCGGAGGAGGCGCACAGCUCGGCUGCCGCCAUUCUGGGCGCUCCCAGGCGCGCCACGCUCGCCCUGCGAAGUAGCCUGAACCCGGCUCUGGCCCUGCGGCCCCUUGCGCCUGAGGUAUGCUCAUCUUUUGCUACUGGCCCCAGACAAACUGAAGGAACAUUCUAUGAGUUUUGUACUUACUAUCUUAAACCCUCAAUGAUGAACAAGUUCUUGGAAAACUUUGAUAAAAGUGUUCAUCUGAGGACAGCUUACUCUGAGUUGAUUGGAUAUUGGAGUGUGAAAUUCAGAGGCAGAAUAAACAGAGUAUUUCAAAUUUGGAAGUAUGAUAAUUUUGCUCAUCGAACUGCAGUUCAUGAAGCCUUGGCCAAGGAUAAGGAAUGGUAAGAACAGUUCCUCAUUCCAAAUUUGGCUCUCAUUGAUAAACAAGAGAGUGAGAUUACCUACCUGGUACCAUGGUGCAAAAUAGGAAAGCCUGCCAGGGAAGUCCAUGUUCUCUGGUGGAACAAGAGCGCGGAUAGUCGUGCAGCUGGGAGACAUCUUUCUCACGAGGAUCCCAGAGUCGUGGCUGCUGUUCGGCAAAGUGUCAACUACCUAGAGACUCAGCAGAAUAUGCUCCUGAUUCCCACAUCAUUUUCACCACUGAAGUAGUUUUCUACUGAAAUGCCAGAGUGUCAUUAACUGGUGUCAGAUGUGUCCCCUGAUGGUGCUUAAGUUCUCCCAAGAGAGCUGUUCUCACUUUUAUUUGAAGGAGGUGGUAAGUUAAUUUGCUGUGUCCCGUGUAUUCUUUUAAACCCAUCUAGGUCCCUUUUAUUAAACCCAUCUCUGCCUCCAAAAUGACAUUUCAUUUUCCCCAUCCCCUUUCACAAUCUGUCAUUCAUUAAAAAUAAUCUAUCAACCUAAAAAUAAUGGUAUUUGGUUCUAGUAUGUAACAAAGAUACCUACCUGGUCACUAUUUCAAGGUCUUCAUUUUUCAUUUCAGAAAACCUCUUCUGUAAAACAACCCUUUAUUGAAAUGAGGAUAGCACAUAUCUAAGCUUGUGACCAUAUUUUUAAAUGGCUAAUAAAUAUGUGUACCUUAUUUCAUUAUGUCUUUUCCUGGGAUUUUUCUUUCCUUUUUUCUUCUUUUUUGUCCAGUAAAAUUUAUUUCAGAAUGUCAAAUGGGAUUCAUGAAAUUAAGUACAUUUCUUUCCCAUGAAAAACUGUAAUAUCUGUGUCAGUGUAUUAAUGGUGAUUUUCACAUUAGUUAUUAGUCACUUGCUUAGAAAAUUAUGUUAUCAAGUCCUAGUACUAAAGAUUUUUAAAACUCUGAUUUAUAUGCUGAAGUAUUAUUUUAAAUUAAUUGUACUAAUACUCGUUUUGGAUCCUAUUUAACAAACAUGCUGGAGUUUACUUGAUUUAAAUGAGCUCUUUCUGGAUAUGGAAAUGUUUGCCCUAAUAAAAAAGUA